AUGCAGAAUUACUCAAUUAUUAUUGUUUUGUGGAAAUAUCGAUUGAAUUUGUUCAAAUGGAAGAAACGAGAAAAUGUCAGAAUCAUAGUUGUGGCGCCGCCAAGAAUGUUGGUCGAUGAAACAAAGUAUGUUGUUUAUUUUUUUGAAAAAAACAAAAAGUUGAAUGAACUUUUCAGUGUCGAUGUUUAUUAUCAAGUUGAACCUCCAAUUCGAGAUCAUGAUCAUUGUCUUUUAAUGAACAAAGUCCGAGAACUAUGUUCUAUUUUUGCAACAUCGAAAAGAAGGUUGAUUGUUUUUGAAAGAUCUCUUCAACGAAGAAUUUCUCAAAUUCGAAGAGAUAUGGAAAUCGAAGGAUUCCUCCCUGAUGAAAUGUUACCAUUUCUACAUUCUGAAGAAGUUAUCACAUAUCGAAAUGGUCUGUCAGCUCUCAGUUUACGACAGUGCUCGUUGUCUGGAACACCUCAACCAGAUUCGUGGGCUCAAGCUGUGCAAAAUCAAAUUGGUGGAUUUCCAGCGGUGGUGAGACCAUUGAGACAUCAUUGUGCACAUUCUGUUGGUUUUGUGAGAAAUGAAAAUGAAUUCAGAAAAUGGUUCAGGGUUAGUAAAAAAAAAUUCAGAUUUUUUCCAAUGAAUUAUAAUUUUCAGCGCAAUUCAAGUGUUCAUGUGAAUGAACAUUAUUUAGUUCACGAAUACAUGCAAAAUGGUCAUGAAUUUAGUGCAAUUUGCUCACAUACCGAUGGAUUAUUGGGUUCAAUAUCAUCAUUAGACACAAAACGUUCUGUUCUUGAAGCGAUUCAACAUCAGAAACCAUACACUCUUCAAUCUCUUUCAGCAAAUCAAACACGUGAUGUUUUUCCUGGUCUCGAAUCUUUCACAUUGCAAGUUAUACGAAGUGUUCUUCCAAACGGGUAUAUUGGAGUGAUAUUUAUUCGAGGAUAUUACAAAGAUCAUAAUGAGAUAUUUUUCCAAGGAUUGUCGUUGGAACCAGACAGCGAGACAUCCAGACAACUUUUUGCGAUGCCGUCAUCUUUACCAUGGGAAGUUAUGACAAUUAACGCACAAUUAACUGAAUCAACCAAAUCGGAAAUUGAAGACGCAGAUCGGGAUAAAACAUUUUAUUCUGUUGUCAAUUUUCCAUCAGCGGAAGGAGUUUUGAUCCAUCAAACAUCGAUUCAUAAAAGAUCAAGUGAGAUGAGAGUAUCUUGGAGAAGUGCAGAAAGUGGAGAAAUGAAAGAUAGUGAUCAUUUGGAUGAUAAUGUUUUACAGGUUUGCCCUUAAAUCUUAACAUAUCUCUAAAACUGUUGAAAUUUCCAGGUAUUUUUAUGGAACCAAAAUCGAGACGAAUUAUUGGCAGAUUGUGAAGAUGUUAAAAACAACACAGAUAUUACAAUAGAUCGAAAUGCUCUGAAUGAACGACAUACGCUUUGUCGAAAAAAUAUUGCGGCUAGACUAAAUGCUAGAGAAUUUGUUAGAAGUUGUACAACAGCGGAUUAG